CUCUGCUGGUUCCCACCGAGUUGUCAUUUGUAACACUCACAUGCUUUUUAAUCCUAAAAGAGGAGACUUUAAACUUGGUCAGGUCAGGACACCCUUAGAUAAAGCUCAAACUGUUUCAAAGCUCUGGGAUGAUGCGCCUGUUGUUCUUUGUGGGGAUUUCAAUUGUACAUUAAAGAGUCAUUUGUACAACUUUAUUUCAGACUGGAAGUUGGAUUUGUCUGGUUUGGCUAGAGACAAAGCUUCAGGGCAAGGUUCUGGUGAGUUUCGUCCACCAAGGCCAAAAAAUUAUAUGAUGAGGUAGAGC